ACGAAUUCUGUCCCUAAAAAAAAAUUUCCAGAGCGUAAAAGAGUCUUCAAGAGAGAAAAAAUAGGCUGGAAUUUGUCAGUGAAAAAAAUCGACACUUUCUUUGAACGUCAAGAUACACGCGGAUAUAAAUUUGAAAUCGAUCCAAGAGGAAAUGUAUUUAUAGUUGAAAUGGAAAAAGCAGAACAUGCAUCCGCUGUUGCACGGCUUAUAAAAUAUUUUGAGGUUCCUAAUGGAGGUGUCGCCGAUAAUCAUCCAAUAGAUGUUCUGGGUUCUUCAGCUCACUAUCAACCACGUGGAAGAGGAAAACCGUCUGCACCCGAUAUUGCUAUAUAUCCAGGUUUGACCAUUAUUCCGAAGUCUCCAAUUCCAGCUCCGCCUCCACAACAUAGAACCGCUCCAAGGCCUUCCUGA